AAGUUCAGGAACUCUGCAAUCGGUCAGUAACAUGAGUGUCCUUAAUGACUUGUUCGUGCAAAUUGUACAGUCUGAGGAGAGGAUUCGGGAACGGUUUUCCAUACUGCGGAAAGAUCCCAUCAACUCACUUCUCAGACUCUCUUGUUAUAUCCUGUUAGUAAAUGGUGAAAUCCAGGACUUCCAGCAAAAAUUUCAAGACCUUGCAGAAGAACUGAAAUCAUUGCAGGGCUUGGUUGUGCUUAAAAACCAGCAUUUGGCGGAGAAAGAGCUAGACCUUAGAUGGUUUGGUAUCCGAGGAGUUGUUUCAUCCAAAAAGAGACAAGAGCUAUCAGCAACAGCUGAACAUCUGCGCCAGAAAAAGGAGGAAACAGAAAGAGCAAUUGGCAUUGAAAAGAAAAACUUUGCAAGAGAUGUCACCCAGUUCAUUUCCCUACUUGAGUCUGAUGAUAGAGCAAAGGGAAACCAAUUUUUGGAAGCCACUAUGCAGAUGGAGGAAUUCAACUGCAAAGAACAGAGAUUCCAUCAAGGUUCAUGAGAUUUAAAAGAGGGUUUUAAAUUUCUUGGAUGUGUCAAGAUGCAGAGGGAUAUUGCUUUGGAAAAGUUGUUAGCCCUCUAAAACACCUUUUCAGUUGUUAUAAUUUAACAAUUAAAGGCAAUAAAAUAUUUAUUGGCGUA